CCUAAGCGUGAGAAUGUGUCAGUGUUGAACUAUUUAAUAAUUUUCUUUGUUUAUUUUACUUUAUGUUAUAUUCUUUGCUAUUUCUUCAAUGAUUUAACACUUAAUUUAACGGACUUAUGUUCUCUGUUUUGUUCUUAAUCCUUUGAAUAUGGGUACGAGCACAAUGGGUAGCGAUUUACAUUCCGAUAAGCAGGACAAACUGUUAAAACUACAGGCUCGAAAAAAAGAACUGGAGCUUAUGUUAGCUUCCAAAAAUGAGGAGCUUUACAAGUUGUGUGUGCAAGAAGUACAGUUGACGGGUGUUAUGCCCCUAGAAGCGCCUCUGAGUCCAGAAGUUCCACAAAGGGAAAGAUUAGGUAGUGUACGAAGUGUCGAUAGGUCCACAGAUGGGACGGAUGUACAAGAUGGCUCUGAUAACUCUUCGAGACGUCUUAGAGCUGUAUCUGAUCGCAUACAUGAUUCCGAUCCGAAUCUGCGAAAGAACCUUACCCACAGACUAUCAACACCUUCGAUAUCAGGUAUUUCGUCAAAAAGUGCUCAUUCUAGGCAUGUCCGCAGACCUGAGACCAGUUGCUCAAACUUCUUUCCAUCGCCACCCCAAGAACGAAAUCCAGAAACAUUUUCAAUACACACCUCUCAUACUUAUCCUGCUUUAGCUGGCCGUCACGAUUCUGUUCCACAUGAUAAUCUGCACAGUGAACUUCAACAAGGUCCUGUAUAUCGCCAUCAUACUUUAACAACUGAAUACACAAAUAAGAUCUAUUAUAAUAAUGCAGCAGAAGCAAAUAAUGUGUCACGCUUGAGAGAGACUCAUUUCAGCUCCAGUCACCCUGAUAUAACAACUAAUUACACCCAUGGGUCUGUCGCACCACAGCCUGUGCCCGCACACAAUGGAAUGCGCAACACUCCACUCCUAUAUCAAUAUGCAUCACAUUUAAAAUCACAGAAUCAACAUCUUGGAGUUUUAAACCACCACCAUAUUAUGCAAAUGCAAUCCAAAAGGAGAACAGAUGGUGUUCGAAGAAAUACUUUGCAGCGUACACAGACAUACCAUCUCACAUCGCACAGUGACUAUAAUCAUCACUUAGAAAACAUGACUGAUGCAUACAGACAACCUGCACCAGCUUAUCAACAUAGAUCACAACCCGACAUACAAGAUCAGCCAAUCGAAAGAAGACAGAAUCCAAUAGAAAGAACUAUUCCUGUUCCAAACACUUUGCCUCUACGUGAACGUAAUAUGGUUAGAAAUCCACUACAUUUGCAGCUGCAAGUUUCCACCGAUGAUUAUAUAAUUGAUGAUAGACGACAUUAUCCUGAUGCUUUAAGUCCUGUCAGCCAAAUGUCGGGAUAUUCACAGAGUAAUUUCGACUCUGUAAGUAUGAAUAAAUUUUCACCUACUUUAUCGCAAGACAUGAAAGUAAAAGAAAAACAUUGGUAUGAAACAUCACUAGACUCACCAACAAAAAGUGAGGUGCCUGUAUUAAAGAAAAGUGCCAGCUUGAAGCGGACACCCAGUAUAGGUAACUCACAAACAUAUGAAAUAAUGAUUUCAUCUGGUCGUCAUUCGGCUAUGCAGAGCCCCAACCAUUUACCUCAUAGUCCCCCUGUAUUAUCUCCAAGUGCAGUGUCACUCGAGUCUCCUAAAAACAUGACAGUUAUUGAACAAGGUAAAUGUAUACCAUACAGAGAAGAAACUAAACCAUUUGAGAUGUCAGACUUUUAUAAAUAUUCAACAAAAUUCAGGCAGAGUAAUGUUCAAAAAGCACCUAUGCCAAAUCCUGCCCAUAAUGCCAGUACAAUGUACAAUAAACUGCCAAUGGAGCUACCACAGUUUAGCCAGGAUCAUUGGCAUGGACAUGGCAACUGAUAAUCUUCAUUUGUAAGUAAAAAUAUUUGUUUUAAUAUUAGAUAGCUUACCUUUAUGGUAAAUCAAUGGCAGCUUAAAGUUUAUUGAAUUAUUUUAAUUUAUACUUGAAGUUAAGUUAGUUUUAGUUGUAGGUACUUAAAUAUAAAAUUAUAAACAAGAUCUCUAGUUUAAUUUAGUUUUGUAAAUAUUUUGAUUGACUACUACGUAUUUUGGUAUUUUACAUACAUCAUUACAAAGUUAAGUUUUAUAAAUAAAUUCACUGUUUAAAAAUACAUGCCAUAAAAAUUAGGGAGUCAUUGUAUAAAAUCGUCAGAAGAUGUGCGACUGUGAUAGUUUUAUGCAAACAAUAAAUAUUCAAGUAGAUGUAUGUCCAAUAACAUAAAAACUGUUAUUGGACAUACAUCUACUUGACAUAAUAUGUACUGUGCAUACCUUGUAAGUUAGUUAAAAAAUUCAAACAGGGUGCCAACUUUUUAUAAUCAAAAAUAUUAAAAUUCUUGUGCCUAUUAAUUACAAAUUAUAAUAGUGAAGCUUUGAAAAGGUAUGAAAAUAAUACUAGAAAUCUUAUUUCACAGCUAGUUAAACUUGAUACGAUUUAUUUAAAGUAUAGCCUUGCCUCUAUUACCACCAGAAUUUCUUGUUUUAAGAAACCAAGAAUAUGAUGUUCCUGGAAAAUAAAUAUAUAGAUGUCUGCGACAUUCUUAAAUAAGUAAUGAGGAAUAUGAAGAAAACAUUGAAUACUUAUUUUGUUAUGCAUGACAUAUCAUUGGUCAAUUAUAAAUAAGAUAUAUACAUAGAACUUAAAAAUAUUACGUCCAUGACAGAUAUUGUAAAAAAACUUUAUAUAGAUUUAAUGUGUAAGAUAAAUACUAAUUGAAUUCAAUGUAAAUUGAAAUUUGUCAUUUUGAUUAUGAGUAUUUUGAAAUUGACAACAGUAUCCAUAUAUUUUGAUUUCAGUUUUAGACUAUGUUCUAGGUGUUGGUGUGUCCCUAAAACUAUAGUUAAAUACCAUAACAAUUCCUGCAGGUUCAAAUAACCAUGACUGCUCAAGAUAUGUACAAUUUAAUUAUAUGAUUAUAUUCAUUUUAUACAUGACAUUCAUAAAAGUACAUAGAGGAUCGUUAAAAUUUAAUUUAUUAUAAUUACUUUAUUUAAUUGGGUCAAUAUCAAUUGUUUUUACUAGUGAUGGGCCGAAUAUGGGUUUUACCGAUACGAAUAAUCAGCAUAUAUUUUACCGAAUUGAAUGUUAUCGUUUACAAUUUAAUUUUAAUUAAAAACAUAUAUGUUUAUCGUAUUAUGUUUUAUUUAUAUAAUAAAACUGAGUAGAAAAUGCCUCGACAAAAAUGUGAAGACUUACAAUGGUAUUUAAAUAUACUAAUAAUUAUUAAAUAAUCGUAAUAAAAUGAUGAGUAGGAUGUUUACGUUAAGAAGUCAUGAUGUGAAUUUUUAAUUUAUUAAGCAUCGUCAUGUGGUAUAGCAAUUUAAAAACGAAAAAUUGAAUGAAUAAAUGUGUUUGAAGAUUUAAUUAUGUUUAAAUCUCAAAUAAUAUGUGUGAUUUGUGUGAAAUACACGACAUGUAAUUUCUAGUAGCAGUACGUCAAAUGUUUCUUCAUGUUUGAUUUAUAAUUAAUUAUAUGUAUUUUCAUGAAGUACGUAAAUUAUUUAAAUUUAAUACAUUUAUAUCAUGGAGCAAAUAUUUGAAUGCAAGUGUAUUUGGCAGGAUAUUAGCCGAAUUAAAGCCGAAUACGAGCAACAAGCAUGCCGAAAACAAACCAUAAAACGAAUAUUCGGUCGAUACCUAGUUUUUAAUUUAGCAAAUGUAUAUAUUAUAAGAUAUUUUUGACAGUUCCAUUAGUUGUUGUCAAAUAUUUAUGGAAAGUGAUUAAUGUCUAAUUAUUAAAUUAUAUCAAACCAGCCUUAUAUUGUUGUACUUGCCAAGCAAUUUAAGCUAAUGACAUUGCCUUUAACUGUCGUCCAUUGAUUUUUAAUUAAGCGGUGAGGAAUACAUACUGUGUGAUUGUAUAUAAAGUACGUUAUAAUUAAUUAUUGUAGUAGAUUGUCUUUAUAAUCAAUAAUACAAUUUUGAAUUGUAAUUGUAGCAAAAUUUCGAUGAAAUGAUAUUUUUGUAACUUGUUUAUGAUUAGUUAAUUGUGCAAAUGCACAGUUUUAUUUAAUAAAGCUUUACAU